AUGUUCGAAGUUGAAACUAAGUUCAUCCUCCAAGGAUCACGAUUGUGGCCACCUGAUAUCGAUGAUGGUUACCUAAGACGCGUACUAUAUCACGAUAUGAACAAAAAGGACGAGAACACAAAACCGGCAAUCCAUCAUCUUGUUAAUGGACCAAAAGCGAAUAUGAUUAUACAAAUCCGUCAGAUGCGCCCGCACAAAUACCCAAACCUAUUCCUGGAACGAAUCAUAUGCAAUCAGCAGGAAGCAAAACACAAAAAUGAAUUUGCUUGGUAUUGA